ACCGCAUCCAAGCAUCUGAACAGUUGAAUCGCAAUCACAACCCACAACACAACAAGAUCCUCCUUAUUUCAACCUUACAACCGUUCUUCCAAUUCUUCAUAUACCUUAGAAAUACUUCAAACCAAAAAAGUUAUCAUACUUACUUUCAACUAAAUACUCAACAAUGGCCGAUUCUCUUACUGAAGAGCAAGUCUCCGAGUUCAAGGAGGCCUUCUCCCUCUUUAUCUCGAAAAUUCCCCGUGGUCACAUACUUGCCCUCUCGACUAAAGCAGCCCCUAUCUCAAACAACUGUAACAACAACGAGGGACAACCACAUAAACUGGCAGAACAAUACAGAAGGACAGCACUGAUAUAUGGAUCUACAGGACAAAUCACUAGCAAGGAGUUGGGGACCGUUAUGCGAUCCCUUGGUCAAAAUCCUUCCGAGUCCGAGUUGCAAGACAUGAUCAACGAGGUCGAUGCUGACAACAACGGUACCAUUGAUUUCCCAGAAUUUCUUACUAUGAUGGCAAGAAAGAUGAAGGAUACCGACUCUGAGGAGGAAAUCCGUGAAGCAUUCAAGGUCUUCGAUCGUGACAACAACGGUUUCAUCUCCGCUGCUGAACUUCGCCAUGUCAUGACCUCCAUCGGAGAGAAGUUGACUGAUGAUGAGGUUGAUGAGAUGAUUAGAGAGGCUGAUCAAGAUGGUGAUGGAAGAAUCGACUACAACGAAUUUGUACAACUUAUGAUGCAAAAGUAAUCGAGCUUGCCUUUUUUGCGUGGUCUUUUGUUGCUGGGAGGGAGAAUAGUCGGCGUAUACAUCACGGGUCUUUUGGACAUCCAGAAUUCUUGUGGGCGUAGGACUGGACUGGUUGAAAUUCACGUAGAGCGUUGCCGUUUUUAGUGACCUUCAUGAUCAAUGAUAACCCAUCAGACAUCUUAUUGUCUUGUUAAUACCCUUUACCAGAGUCUUCAUGAUGCAUUAUUUGUCAUGUGAACUGUGAAUCGCGAUGAAUAUCC